AAAGAUGGUGAAGCUCUUCUGUGCGAUCGUUGGUGCGGCGGGCAGUGCGUUCGAGGUGGAUAUCGACGAGGGUGCAUCGGUUUCCGCGUUGAAGAAGGCGAUCAAGGCGGAGAGCGACGGGUUGAUCAGAGCUGAAGAUCCUUGGACGAAGCUGCAGCUCUUCCUGGCGAAGACGGCGGACGGCGCGUGGCUAGAUGGAGCUGGCGCGGCAUCUGUGGCGCUCGAUGAACGUGGAUACCCGCAAGGCUUCGGGCAGAUGGAUCCCACCCUGUGGAUCAAGAACCCCAAGCACUUUGGCGAUAAUUUUCAACCGGGUGAAGGACAAGUUCACGUGCUGGUGAAGGUCCCGGAGCAAGAACACGCACAAACUGGAUUGUGGCUUGUCACUGGAUCCGUUGACAACGCGUUGAUCACGAAAGGAAUUCGCUGCAAACUGUACUGGAUGGCGACGUUACGCAUUGGAUACUACGAUCCUACGCGCUGCAUCGGCAACAAGAAUGUCGCGUUUUGGUAUGAAGACAAGAAAUUGUGUUUUCAUGUUUUAUUCGAGACAAAAGAUGCUGCUUUGCUGUUCGAAACUGACUUGAGGACUGGGCCACAAACGCUGGGCUCUCCGUUAACUAACCAGGUUGUUGAGACGCGUGUUGCACCAGCUAACGCUGUGUCUACUGAUCUCCAGCGCGUCUUCUACUGCGACUACGUUCCAGACGAUUCGGAAUCUCCUCAAAACACAGUUUCAUCGAUAUCGUUGACUACAAGCGUUUCGAAUCUGGACUCAUCGACUGACGAGUUUCGUUUUCAGCGGAUUGAGGACGCGAAGUUCUUCCUACCGUACGGCAAGGCAGAAAGCUGCCAUUUGGUGUCGAGAAAGCAAAGCAGAGACCACAAACGGGAAUUCGCCAAGUACGAUCGCGACUCAAACAACAGGCUUGCGCUUUCUCGCGAAAUGCAUGGUUGGUUCGACGGUAUGAGCAUUGAGGUUCCCAUCGUCAACAUGCUACCCGGAUCUGUUGAAGAGAAUCAAUCCAUUGGCAACAGACGCAAGGUCGAGGUCUUCGUGAAGGUUCUGGAUGCUCAGUGCACAGAUCGCGUUUUCAGUCGUUUGAAAGGAGGAUCAACCACGACGGACGAUCCGCUCAUGAUGAAGACGUUUGUUCACGUGGAGGAUCCAGAAACAUUUUGUUUGUGCAUGAGGUGGAAGCACGACGAUAAUGCGGAGCGUUGGAGAAGCUUUUGGGAUAUGACUCCUGCGGUCGAUUGAAUGGAAUAAUGUGGCUCCCGAGUUAAAUACUUCGAAGUAGUAUUUGAUUUCUUGACAUACUUUGAUCCUGAUAAAUAUAAAGUUAGUAAUAUACAAAGAUGGCGUA